AUGGGAGGCUUGACACAGGUUGUGAGGGAGGGCGAGGCGGUGUGUUCGGUUCGGGAGAUCGGCCCGCGCGCACUGCUGCGUUGCGGGACGCGGGCGGGCGCGAUGGUGCGAUACGCGCAGCUGGUGAUCGGCCCCGCGGGCAGCGGCAAGUCCACGUACUGUGCGACGGUGCAGCAGCACUGUGAGAGCGUGGGGCGCAGUGCGCACGUGGUCAACCUCGACCCCGCCGCCGACCACUUCAAGUACAACGUCGCCAUCGACGUGAGGGAGCUGGUGGCGUUGGAGGACGUCAUGGACGAGCUCAAGCUCGGGCCCAACGGCGGCCUCAUCUACGCCAUGGAGUACCUGGAGGAGUCGUUGGACGACUGGUUGAAGGCGCAGCUGGACGACUUCCACGACGACGACUACCUGCUCUUCGACUGCCCCGGGCAGGUCGAGCUGUACUGGCACGUGCCGGUGCUGCGCACGUUCGUGGACCAGCUCAAGCGCUGGGACUUCCACAUCUGCGCCGUCUACCUCAUCGACUCCCAGUUCAUCUGUGACGAGGCCAAGUUCAUAGCGGGCAUGCUGGCGGCGCUGGCGGGCAUGGUGCAGCUGGAGCUUCCGCACAUCAACGUGCUCACCAAGGUCGACCUGCUGCACGACAAACGCAUCAUUGAAAAGUACCUGGAGCCAGAGGCGGCCCUGCUGCUGGCGGACCUGGACCGCUCCAUGCCGCCGCGCUUCGCCCGCCUCAACCACGCCAUCGCCCACCUUGUGGAUGACUACAGCCUCGUCAACUUCCUUCCGCUCGACAUUUCAGACGAAGACAGCAUCCAGUACGUGCUGUCGCAGGUGGACAACGCCAUUCAGUUUGGCAGCAGCAGCAUCGGCAGCAGCGGCGGCAGCGGCGGCGGCAGCGACAGCAGCGGCAGUAGCAGUGGCAGCAACAGCAGCAGUGGCGGCAGCAGCAGCAGCAGCAGCGGCAGCAGCGGCGGCAGCAGCAGCAGCGGCGGCAGCAGCGGCGGCAGCAGCAGCAGCAGCAGCGGCAGCAGCAGCGGCGGCAGCAGCAGCAGCGGCGGCGGCAGCAGCGGCGGCAGCAGCAGCAGCAGCAGCGGCGGCAGCGGCAGCAGCAGCGGCAGAAGCAGCAGCAGCAGCAGCAGCAGCAGCAUCGGCAACCGCAGCAGCAGCGGCGGUGGCGGCAGUAGGCAGCGGCGGCAGCAGGCAGCGGCGGCAGCAGCAGCGGCGGCAGCAUGCAGUGGCAUCAGCAGGCAAUGGCAGCAGCAGGCAGCGGCAGCAGCGGCGGCGGGGGCAACGGCUGCGGCGGUAGCGGCAGCAGCGGCACCUGCAGCAGCGGCAGCGACAGCAGCGGCAGCGGUAGCAGCGGCAGCGGCGGCAGCGGCAACGGCCGCAGCGGCUGCAGCCGCAGCGGCGGCAGCGACGGCGGCGGCAGAAGCAGAAGCAGCAGCAGCAGCAGCAGCAGCAGCAGCAGCAGCAGCAGCAGCAGCAGCAGCAGCAGCAGCAGCAGCAGCAGCAGCAGCAGCAGCAGCAGCAGCAGCAGCAGCAGCAGCAGCAGCAGCAGCAGCAGCGCGGCGGCGGCAGCAGCAGCAGCAGCAGCAGCAGCAGCAGUGGCAGCAGCAGCAGCAGCAGCGGCAGCAGCAGCAGCAGCAGCAGCGGCAGCAGCAGCAGCAGCAGCGGCAGCAGCAGCAGCAGCAGCAGCAGCGGCAGCAGCAGCAGCAGCAGCGGCGGCAGCAGCAGCAGCAGCAGCGGCAGCAGCAGCAGCAGCAGCGGCGGCAGCAGCAGCAGCAGCAGCAGCGGCAGCAGCGGCGGCAGCGGCAGCAGCAGCAGCAGCAGCGGCGGCAGCGGCAGCAGCAGCAGCAGCAGCGGCGGCAGCGGCAGCAGCAGCAGCAGCAGCAGCAGCAGCAGCAGCAGCAGCAGCAGCAGCAGCAGCAGCAGCAGCAGCAGCAGCAGCAGCAGCAGCAGCAGCAGCAGCAGCAGCAGCAGCAGCAGCAGCAGCAGCAGCAGCAGCAGCAGCAGCAGCAGCAGCAGCAGCAGAAGCAGCAACACCACCAGCAGCAGCAGUCGCAGCAGCCGCCACUUUUGGAGAAGCCGCCACUUUUGCAGCAGCCGUUCCCACCAGCCGCAGCAGCAGCCGCUGCAGCAGGAGCAACAGCAGCAGCCGCAAAAGGAGCAGCCGCAGCGGCAGCCGCUGCUGCAGGAGCAGCAGGCGGAGCAGCAGCAGGCCCCUCGUGGCCCCCUCUCUCACGGCCCUGCGCGGCCCCUUUCGCGGCCCCUUUCGCGGCCUCGUCGCCGCCCCUUCGCGGCCCCGUCGCCGCCCUUCACCGUCCCGCGCGGCCUCCUUACGGCCCCGUCGCCGCCCUUCGCGGCCCCUCCAGGACCCGUCGCCGCCCUUCGCGGCCCCUCCAGGACCCGUCGCCGCCCUUCGCGGCCCCUCUCGGCCUCGUCGCCGCCUCAGCAGCAGCUGCCGUCCCUUUCCCGGCCGCCGCUGCUGCUUGGCGCUGCCACUCGCCGCGGUCCUGCGCGGGAGUGCCGCCCCUCCCUUUGGUGCGGCCUCUGCCUGCAGCAGCUGCCGCAGCCGACCCUGCAGCAGCUGCCGCCGCCGAACCUGCAGCAGCAGCCGCCGCUGCGACUGCAGCAACUGCCGCCGCCGAGCCUGCAGCUGCUGCCGCCGCCCAACCUGCAGCAGCUGCCGCCGCCGACCCUGCAUCAGCUGCCGCCGCCGACUCUGCAGCAGCUGCCGCCGCCGAGCCUGCAGCAGCUGCCGCCGUCACUGCUGCCCCGGCCCUGCACUGCCCAACCGCGCUACUGCUGCUGCUGUCACUGCUACUGACGCUGCUACUGUUCCACCCACCACUACUGCUCCUACUGCUACUAUGGCUAGCCUUCGAUGCUGAGGGCCGCCCAGUGAAGUUUGACACCUGGCUAGAUGACCUGCACCUCUUCCUACAGCUCACUGCCAAGGAGGACAUUUCACUGUACGAUCACGCCCUAGGCCAUGCUACUGCCCCUGAUACUUCUGCUGACAGCACUGCCCGCUCACAGUGGCAGACUCGUGACGCCCACGCUCGCUUUGCUAUUCGCAACUCGUUGCCGCUAGAUGAGCGCGAGCACUUUGGCCAGCACAAGACUGCACAGGAACUGUACACUGCUGUCGUCGCUCGCUACUCCUCACCUGCUUCUGCCGCACUAGGCCGCCUCUCACUCCCCUACCUGUUCCCCGACCUGGCCUCCUUUCACACAGUUGCUGACCUCAUCACCCACCUCAAGACUAGUGAGGCCCGCUUCCGCGCUGCUAUGCCCGAUGAGUUCCUUGCUAGCAACCCCCCCCCGCUCUGGCUCACUCUCUACCACAUCGUCACCCGCCUCCCUGACUCUCUGCGCUCAGCGAGCAUCGUCGCUGUAGGUGCCUCUCGUGGCGACCCCCGCACCCCUUUCUUUGAGGGGUGUUCCCCUUCCCCCCUUCUCCCCUCUGUAGCCUCUGCUUCUGCUGUCGACCUCCUUGGUGCUGAGAAGGUCGGGACGGCGUCUGCUCCGAGCGGGCGCCGCAGGAACAGAGGGGGCAGGGGUGGAGGUGGCGGCGGGGGAGGCGGGGGUGGGGGAGGUGGGAGUGGAGGUGGGGCUGGAGAGGCUAGUGGCGGCAGUGGGGGUGGUGACGGCAGCGGCGGGGGCGGUGGCAGGGGCGGAGGUGGUCGUGGCAGCGGCAGGGGAGGAGGUGGUCGAGGAGGUGGCGGCGGCGGUGGUGGUCGUGGAGGCGCUAGCAGCGGCCUGAGCCAGCAGCCCAGUCCGUCCCUCCAGGAGGCCCGUGAGUGGUACUCUCAGCACGGGGGGGGGGGUGGGCUUCGCUGCACGUACGUUAUCCGCACUGGUGACCGCACUGACUUUGAUGCUAUUCUCACUGCCAUGUAUGUGAUGUCUAUUAGUGGAGAGAGUGCUCAGUACCUGUGUGUUCCGCCCGACCCGGGCAUUCGGACCAGUGAGGCUGCCGCUCUAGGUGCUAGUGAGACUGCCACUCCAGGUACUCGCGUGUCUGCUACCCCAGGUGCUGGUGAGGCUGCUGCUCUAGGUGCUCGUGAGUCUGUGCCCCCCGGUUCUGAGUCGACUGAGGCACUGCACACCUUCACACUGGACUCAGGUGCUUCUCGCUGUUUCUUUCAUGACCGCACUGUCCUUGAGCCGCUCGCUCGGCCAGUUGCUGUCUCCCUUGCUGACCCCUCUGGGGGCCCGGUCAUUGCGACCUCCUCCACUGUCCUUCCUUGUCCUGCGGUCCCGUCGGGCACACUGUCAGGUCUCCACCUCCCCUCGUUCUCUACGAACUUGGUGGCGGGUUGUGCGCUCCAGGACGCGGGUGUUCACCAGGUUCUCCCUCCCCUCCCACCCUCGCCUGCUCCUCCCUGUCUUCCCUGUGUCGAGGGGCGGCAGCGCGCCGCUCCUCACUCCUCCUCCUUUCCCCCGACGACUGCUCCCUUGCAGACGCUCCACAUGGACGUGUGGGGCCCAGCCCGCGUCCGUGGACAGGGUCAGGAGAGGUACUUCCUGAUUGUUGUUGACGACUACUCUCGCUACACCACGGUCUUCCCCUUGCGCACCAAGGGUGAGGUCCCUGCUGUCUUGAUCCCUUGGAUCAGCAGAGCUCGUCUCCAGCUCAGCGAGCGUUUUCGCUCGGACUUUCCUGUCCUGCGUUUGCACUCUGACAAAGGUGGUGAGUUCUCCUCCGACCUUCUGGCAGCCUACUGUGCCGAGCACGGCAUUGAGCAGUCGUUCACGCUUCCGGCCUCUCCACAGCAGAAUGGGGUUGCUGAGCGCCGCAUUGGCUUGGUCAUGGAGGUCGCUCGUACCUCCCUGAUCCAUGCGGCUGCUCCCCACUUUCUGUGGCCGUUUGCGGUCCGAUACGCUGCGCAUCAGCUCAACCUCUGGCCCCGUGCCUCCUUGCCGGAGACUUCCCCGACACUGCGUUGGACGGGAGAGGUUGGCGAUGCGUCGCGUUUCCGGGUCUGGAGAUCCCGAGCUUUUGUUCGCGACACGUCCGCGGACAAGCUCUCCCGUCGCGCUGUCCCCUGUGUCUUCCUUGGCUUUGUCCCGGACGCGCCUGGUUGGCAGUUCUACCACGUCACCUCGCGCCGGGUUCUGCCUUCUCAGGACGUCACUUUUGACGAGUCCGUCCCCUACUACCGCCUCUUCCCCUACCGCACUGCUCCGCUCCCCCCCCCGCCUCUCUUCCUCGCGCCAGACCCGGUUGAGCCUGUCGAGGUAGCUGUCGAGUCUCGUCCUGCUAGGGGAGCUGAGCCUGCGUGUGAGGAGCCUGGCGGUGCUGAGCCUGGGGGUCUUGAGCGUGGGGGUGCGGAGCCUGGAGGUGCGGAGCCUGGGGGUGCUGAGCAUUGGGGUGCUGAGUCUGGGGGUGCUGCGUCUGGGGGUGCUGAGUCUGGGGGUGCUGAGCCUGAGAGUGCUACACCUGGAGGAGCCCUCUCCUCACAGCAGCUGCAGGAGAGGUACCUACAGUACUGCAGCCUCCGGAGAGGUGCUGCUGGAGCUGGUACCAGUGCUUCCCCUCCUACCCGGGAGCUCCCCUCCCUUCAGCAGAUCCGAGAGUGGUACACGCGGCGCUGCAGUCUUCGGAGUGGCGCUCCUGGUGCUGCGGACCCUGGAGUUGGAGCUACUGCUGGUGCUGAGGACCCGGGCGGUGGAGCUGCUGCUGGUGCUGAGGACCCGGGCGUUGGAGCUGCUGCUGGUGCUGAGGACCCGAGCGGUGGAGCUGCUGCUGGUGCUGAGGACCCGGGCGGUGGAGCUGCUGCUGGUGCUGAGGACCCUGGCGCUGGUGUCUCUGCUGGUUCUGGAGACGCUGCGCGGCCGCGACCGUACUUCGUACCGCUCCUUCAGCAGGUUCUUUCUCAGGCUCCUCCUCCUUGUCCUCCUCCCUCCGUAGAGUGUCCUGAGCCUGUCCAGUCGCAGUCACAGUUACCGCCUGCCUCGCCUCUCCCUGGUCCCUCUCCUUACACUGGUCCCACAGGAGGUCUUACGGAGCAUCGUGAGCCUGAGUCUCGUCCUGCGUCGCCUGUUCGUGCUGCUCGCACUGGUCGUCGUGUCCCACGUGAGCGUCCUCCUCCUGUCCCUGGCACUCACUACAUGACUCUGCGUCCCUCCACUGCUCCUCAGCGUGUCCCUCUGCCGUCUCCUCCUGCGUCCUCUCUACCUACUCUUCCUGACCCGGAGUCUGACUCCCGUCGUGCUGCCAGUCCCACUGUCACGCGUCUCCUCGCCACUGUUGUCACUGACCCUACCUUUGAGUCCUCUGCUGCGUCUGCUCUGGUCGCUGAGUUAGUUGACUUUGCUGCCCGGUGUCGUCUAGACUACACCGCUAGCCUUGUUGCUGAGUCUGAGUCUGUCUGUCCUCCGUCCGUCGGGGGUGAGUGUGCUCUUGGCACGGACGUCCUUGAGGACAGACAGGAGGAGUUCCAGUGCUUUGCUGCUGCUUUGCCCCAUCUCGUGUCCAUGCUAGUUGCCCCUGAGGGAGACCCGGAUGCACCAGACAUCCCGACCCCGCGCUCUUACGCUGAGGCGAUGGCGGGUCCCUACUCCUCUCAGUGGCAGACAGCCAUGGACGCAAAGAUGGCUUCCUGGAAGUCCACAGGCACCUACGUCGACGAGGUUCCCCCACCUGGGGCGAACAUCGUCAGUGGCAUGUGGAUUUUCAGGGUGAAGCGGCCGCCGGGUUCUCCUCCUGUCUUCAAGGCGUGCUACGUUGCUCGAGGCUUCAGGCAGCCUGCACGAGGAGAUCUGGCUGUGCCGCCCUCCUGGCUUCACUGGGUCGUUUCCUCCUGGUACCCAGUGGAGGCUCCAGCGGCCGGUCUACGGUCUCCGCCAGGCGCCACAUGA